AUGGCGGAAGAUUUUCUUCGAUCUGGUGACAAGAACGAAGAGUUGGAAGAUAUUGGGGAGAGAUAUUUGAAGGAAUUAUUUGAUGCGAUUUUCUUUCAAGAUGUGGUAAAUCAUGGUUAUUAUUUUACAUUCAAAUUGCAUGAUUCUAUGCAUGAUCUUUUGCUAAAAGAGGCACGAAAUGAUUGCCAAAGUGUGGAUCUUAGAGUCACGUAUUCUAAAACACAGGCUAAAUAUUUGUCAUUUAAUGGUAUUCAGCAUGGUGAUGAAAAAAUUUCACAUGUUUCACGCUCCUUGUUGGCAAUCAUCAUAAAAAGUUCUCCGUUUAAGCCUGUUAGUAAAUCCUUCGUUAAUAGAUUGACAUCGAAGUUUAAGCAGAUCCGCCUGUUAUGCUUAAGUGGUUUACAAUUUGAAGAGCUACCGUAUUCUGUCGGUUCAUUGGAUGAAUUGAGAUAUCUUGACCUAUCUUGGAAUUUAAUUAUGAUGGAACUCUCGGAGGCAAUUUGUAAACUUAAGAAUUUGCAAACCCUAAUACUUCUUGGUUGUUCACGCCUUAAGAAGUUUCCUGAAAAUAUGCGAAAAAUGAUCGACCUCAGAUAUUUGGAAAUAACCACAAAAGUGCGGCGUCUACUGGGAAAUGAACUUGAAUUUUUGCCCUCUCUCCGAUAUCUGCACUUGUAUCACUGUCACCAUCUUGAAAAUUUGUCUGGAAAGAUGCAAAGUCUCACCGAACUCCGAACAUUGAUUUUGCAAGGUUGUGAUAGCUUGAAGUCGUUGCCAGACGAUAUGAAAUAUCUAGAGAGAUUGGAGAAGCUUGUGAUACACAGUUGUUCAAUCCUUAAUCUGAAGAUGGACUUGCAAGAAGAAGACCGCCGCCUGAACCUGAAAGUAUUUAUGAUUUAUGAACUAGAAGAAGCAUUAGAUUUACCCCAAUUUGAUUCUUCAAGGGAUUCUGGAGAUUCGGUGAAAAGGCUUGAGCAAGUGCAAGAAGUUUCAAUUCCGAUUCCUGCUUAUUGUGAUGUUCAUGAAACCUCAAGGGAAGAUAUACUUUUCCCUGUGUUAUGA